AUGCACCUUAUUUCAUUUAUUUAAAAUGUGAAUUGAAAUACUUGAAACAAAAAUAAUAAUAAAAGAAAAACAAAAAGAAAAGAAAAAAGAGAAGAAAAGAAAGAAGAAAAAAGAAUUAUUAAUGAAUUCAAUGAAAACUAGAAUCAUACUAAUGUGAAUAAACAAUAAUUAUGAGGAAUAUAUAUAUAUAUAUGUCUACACAUAAUCUUGAAUCUAUUCAACAAUUAGUUUCCUAUUUUUUUUUCUAGUUUCCUGGCAAAAAUUAUUAUUUAUAUUCUAAUACUCAUUGUGAAAUUUCUAAAAAAACAACAAUUAAAAAACACACAACAAAAACUCAUGUUUUAUUUAUCAACAAAUUGGAAUAUAUAUAAAUAGGAAUUAUCAUCUUGUCAAUUCAUCAUCUUAUUACAUUAUCAAUACAUCAAUAUUUCAAAAAAGACUUUUUUUGUCACUCAUUUUCUUUUUCCAGUUACUAUCCAUAAUAAUUCAAAUUUCUAAUGACGUCUAAUCAGUUACUAUCCAAAAUAAUAUUAUUCAUAUUGAUAUUAUUAAUGAUUAUUCAAUUAACUAAUUCAAUUACAAUCAAUAUCAAUGAUACCAAUACUAAUUAUUCUAUUGAUAAUUCAAUCAAUAAUAAUAAAUCAAUAUCCGAUCAAAUGUUAUUAGAAAUUUAUACAACAUGGAUUGAUUUUGCUAAACAUUUUGUUCCUACAGCAUUAUUUGUUGAUCGUUAUGUAACAAUCAUUUAUUAUAUAUUAGGUUUUCCAGGUAAUUUUAUCUCAUUAAUUAUAUGGUCUAAUAAAAAAAUGAUCAAAGAGAAUUCUGCUGCUGUUUAUUUAGCUGCAUUAUCAUUAAAUGAUAUAAUUGUAUUAAUAUUUGCAUUAAAUAGAGAUUUAUCACGUGUAUGGCAAAUACGUGAAUAUUUAUUACCUGGUUCAUGUGAAAUACAAAAUAUUUUAUCACCAGCUGUACAAUAUGCAUCACCAUUAUUUGUACUUGCUUUUACUAUUGAACGUUGGUUAGCUAUAUGUAAACCAUUUUAUAUUGAUAGAAUAUGUAGUUCAAAAAGAGCAAUUUAUAUAUGUAUCAUUAUUAUCAUUAGUACAAUCAUAGUAUGUUCUGGUUAUGCAUAUAUAUUUAUAACAGAAACAAAUACAUGUAGUAAACGACAUAUUAAUCCAUUAAUUAUAAGUGUAUAUUUAUCAUGUUUAGAAGGUGUAUUUGCUGGUGUUGUACCAUUAUUAGUAUUAAUAUUUAAUUGUUUAGUCAUUAAAGAAUUAGCUAAAGUUCAUCAUGCUAAUAAACAAUUAGCUAUUAUGUCAAAUCAUUUAUCAUCAUCAUCAUAUUGUUCAACAUCUCAAUCAAAUAUAAUAAAUAAUAAAAAUUCACCAAAACUUUCAUAUACUACUACUACUACUACUACUACUACUACUCAUAAUAAUAAUAAUAAUAAUAAUAAUAAUCACCAUGGGAAUAAAAUUAAAUUAUAUUUUAAAAAUAUUUUCACUAAGCAACUAUCAUCAAAUUCAAUAAAAUCAAAUAAAAAAAUUAAUAAAACUUCAUUAAUAUCAAAUGAAAAUUCAUUAAAUUUUAUUCCACAAUAUAAUUCAAUCAGUCACAAUAAAUCAAUAAUCAAUGAAAAAUCAAUAAUUUCUAAUCGUAAUAAUAAUAAUGAAUUAAUUCAUAUAAAUUAUAAUGAUUCAUAUAAAGUUUCACAUAAUAAACGUACUAGUCCAAGUUUUAAAUCAACAACAUUAAUGCUUUUAACUGUUAGUUUUUAUACAAUUUUAACAACAUUACUUGGUGGUCUUGUUUAUUUAAUACAUCAAACACAAGAAGAGCCUAAUAUGAAUGCAACAGAAAAAGAAGCUUUAGAAGAUCCUAUUUGGAAUCAAUAUUUCAAAAUGAUUACAAUUAAAGCAUUUGGUGAUGAGAUUGCAUUAUCACAUUAUGCAUUUAGUUUUAUCAUUUAUUAUGCAACUGGAUGUAAUUUUCGUCAACGUGUACAUCAAUUAUGCAAAAAUGUAUUUUAUAAAUUAGGUUGUCGUUGUCAUAAAUUAAUGAAACUUGGUAUAAAUGAAGAAAGUGAUAAUAAUAAUAUACCAUCAAUUACACGUCGUUCACAUAAUCGUUUAUUAACUAAUCAUGAUAGACAAGAUGAUCUGGAUUUUACAAUUCAUACAUCAUCACAAUAUCGUCAAUCAAAAAAAUUGAUUGAUUAUCAAAAAUCAAUUGAAAUGGAUCAAUCUAUAGAAUCAAAGUAA